AUGUCUAAACCUGUCAAUAAUGGCUACGACGACGAUAUAACCCCCUCAGAACCUCCACCAUCCUACUCGGAGGCCCUCAAUGCCCCUCCGGUCCUUCCCAACAGACCAUUGGGGCCACCACCAAACAGCCAGCAGAAUCUGGGUCAAUUCACCCCAAAUUCUUCAAUCCCGCCUUCUGUGCCUUCAAGACCGCUGUCAGGGUAUCAACCUUCAGGAACGGGGCUGCAGCCGUCAAAUUAUUCAUAUCAAGGAUCAUCUUCCACUGGUAGAACAAGCUACAGUCUGCAAACCAAUUCGGGAUCCGGAUCUACAAAUUUAUACUCCAACAACCCUAAUCUACCCUUCACUUACCCCCGGGGCCACUACUGCCGCAAGUGUCAGAACACCGGAUUCAAGCAAAAAAACGGUAAGCCGUGCAUGGACUGCUGGGGACUGCUUUAUUUGAACACACAUGCUUACAAUCCUAACCCCAGUCUUCCCUUCCGGUAUCCGAAGAGGUUUAUCUGUGAAAAAUGUCAUAAUACGGGAACUAAACGUAAGAACGGACUUACGUGUCAGGAUUGCUAUGCAAGGUUUGCUCCAAGAAACAAUUAUCAGGUCCAACUGUCUGGACUUGGCUUCAUGGACUUCGUUUCACCGGUAUCAAAUUACCUCCCUCCAGGAGGCGGAGUCCCAAUGAGAGUGCCUCCAGGAGAUCCUAGACUUGGAGGCCAGCUAUGUGGAAACUGCCGUGGCUCAGGUCAGGUUUAUUUCUUGUUGGAUCGUGAUUUAUGUCCCGUUUGCGGAGGUUUGGGUAGAUUACUCAAUAGUGGACCUCCGCAGCAGUCUGGUUACUAUCGUUAA